UCUACAUUUGACAAAGUUUGGAACAUCGAACCAGUUAAGUUUGCUAUUGUGACUAAAAAUGGUGCGAAAUUUGAAGACUUAGACAUAGAAGGUUUGUUAACAGUCAAAGAAAGUUUUGACAGAAGGUUCUCAAACCUUAAAGAAGGCAAAGCAUACAAACUUGUUAUACCUUAUGAACCAAAGAAAGCAGACGACUAUGAAUAUUAUGAGUCUAAGAUAGUUGAAGUUCAAGGUAAAUUGGGUAAAAAGAUUUUAGAGUCUAAGCCAGUGUUUGCUCCUAAAGAGGAAGAGAACAUUGACAUUGACCCAGAAAUGUUCUAA